AUGAUUGCCGCAGAGCCCCGCACUCUACCAGACGGCGAAUCCCCGGACCUAAUCCUAGUCCCAGCCACUCCCUCAGAGCGAAUAGCCUCAAUUAAGCUAAAUAGCAGAGAAUGGAGAGGUCCCUUGGACCUGGAAACCUACAUAGCUCGCGAGAACCAUCUUCUCACGCAGCGCCUGACCCGCGACGGUCUAACAUGCUGGGUCCUGGUAUCCCGGCACGAAGCCGAGGAUAACCGCACGAUUCUGAGUGCGUGUGAAUCCUACCGCAAGACUGCGUUGCUGGCGCAUGGAGGGGUUGUGGAGAAGGUUGCUACGCAUGGGGUUGGGAGUGUUUUUUCACGACCGGAGUUCCGGGGGAAGGGGUAUGCGAAGAGGAUGAUGGAGGAGUUGAGUACAAAGCUGGAGACCUGGGAGAUGGAGAAGGAGAAAAGGGGGAGGUCUGUGUUUACGGUGCUGUUUUCGGAUAUUGGGAAGAAGUUCUAUGCGCAGUUUGGCUGGAGGCCUUUUGCGUCGUCGCAUUUGUCGGUGGCUGCUAAGGAAGGUGGGGAUACGGGUGCUAGGGAAUUAUUUGCCGAGGAUGUGCAGAAGAAUUUGUGCAGUGAGGAGGUGUUGGGGAAAUUGCACGAUCGGAUGCUGGCUGCGUCGCAGAAGUCGGCUGUGGCUAAGAUUGCUAUUGUGCCUAAUUUUGAUCAUUUCCUCUGGCAUUGGGCGCGCGAGGAAUUCUAUGCUGAGAAUUUGUUCCCGGGGCGCUCUCCCCCGGUUGUCAAGGGCGCGAGCGUUGACAAGGCUGGAGUUUAUUGCGCCUGGAAUCGGGUCUUUGACGAUGUUCCCGAAGACAAUAUACUUUACAUUCUUCGGUGGGUGUAUGAGGAACCAACAUCACCAACUGAAGAGCAGACCACCAUCCAGGCCAUGGCUGCUAUCUUGCGACGAGCCCAACACGAGGCACACGAGUGGAAUAUGCACAAGGUUGUUUUCUGGAAUCCAACUCCUUUGCUACAGAAGGCAAUGGCGUUGGUGGACCCGACCUCGGAGCUUGUGCAUCGCGAGAAGGAUAGCGUUGCUAGCUUGCGGUGGACAGGCGAGGCUGAAGGACUGGGCGAAGACGUCGAAUGGUGGUUGAACGAGAAGUACGCCUGGUGUUGA